AGACCAAAACCAUGUCAACUACAACGUAAUAAAAGCUCGCGAGCAUUUUCCAUCUUCCUCGCACUCCCUCUGUUCGAGUUCCGGUCGAAGCGAAUUGCCUUCCGGUCUAGGGUUAGGGUUAGGGUUAGGGUUGGUGUUGGUGCCGUAGCAUCGAGUCCAGAGUAGCUUGCUCGGCAGAGGAUAAUGUACGCCGAUCGGGUGGAGGUCGAGGGCAAAAGGUCCGUCAAGGAGCGGCUCAACGCCAACUCCUACGCCGACUCCUCCAGGGGGCGUCAGAUCACCGGCAAAAGGCAGAGGCAAGACGAUAAGUGGGAACAUGAUCUUUACGUGAAUGAUGAACCUCAGAUUUCAAAUCGCAGGGUCGAGGGCCGUGAUCUGCGUUUGAAGCUCCAAAGGAAGGGUCUGCAGCCAGCAUCUCAAGGUGCAAAGGGGACUUUCCCUGGUGUGCGAGAUCUUCGCGAAAAGCUUUCCGGUGUAAUAAGUUCCCAACCGUCUAUUAAUAACACCACCAAACCAAAGUCGGCAUCAGAGGCACCUAAACCUACCAGGAGAAGUGUUGCAGUUGAAGCUUCUAUGCCAGAGACCAAAAAAGUUGUUAACCCAGCUCCGACCAAAAAACAGAGGGCUGGCGUGGAUGGUUUUUUGCGGUCUUUGGGUCUUGAAAAAUAUUCAAUUACAUUUCAAGCUGAAGAAGUGGAUAUGACAGCUCUUUUACACAUGAGUGAUGAGGAUCUAAAAGCUUUGGGAAUUCCGAUGGGUCCAAGGAAAAAGAUACUUUUGGCAUUGGAGUCUAAAGAUUAAUUCUCAUGGAUGAGAAGGUGUAAACGUUAUUGUGCUCGUUAAUUAAGGAAAGGUGGUUGCAGUCAUCGGGAGUUUGAAAUGUUGCUCCACAAUUGGAGAUGGGCAAGGAUUUUGUUCAAGGAAAGGUGGAAAACUGGGAAACUAUCCGACUUGGGGAGGCAUUGGAUGUAUAUUUCGAGUGCCGUGGUGUUUCAGAUUUAUCAACUAUGGGGUGAUUUUUUUUUUUUUCCUGCUUAGGAGCUAACUGCAGCCAUGAUCUGUUUUGUUUCUAUCUUGUUUUAUUCUUGGACAGGAGAUGUAAAUCCUUUGUAGCAACUUUGGUCCGUCGAUGUUUUAUUGCUAAAAGCUGUCUGUUGAACAUGA